AUGAACAAGUGUACCGGUUUUACGGAUCUGUGCAUACCCGUAGCAGCAACAGACGUGCUGGAACCGAUUCUUCGGGAAGCAAUAGAAUUGGGAUAUCGGAAUAUUGCUAUCGAGCAAAUAUUUGAUGCAUCAAAGGCACUCAUCUCUAACAAAAAUGAUGCCAUUCCAAAACCGCAUUGCUUGAAGGAGUUGAAGGCUGCUAUCGGUGGACAACUUCGACUACUCAAUAGGCUAACGGUAAUGUUUAGUGAUACGUCUGUUUCUUUAAUACUUAAUAAAUCGAACAACCUUCGAGGCUACAACCUGAUAGCGGCCUUGCCGACGAAUGAAAGUAGCUUCCAGUAUGCAUGUCAAACAAUGGCCUGUGACCUCAUAACGUACAGCAGUGCGGCGAGUCAUUUGAAAAUGAACCGAAAGUUUUACUAUCUCGCCGUCGAUCGGAACAUAGCAUUCGAGAUAAAAUACGCACCCGCCAUCAUCAACUCAAACGAGCGAAAGGCAACCAUUAAGAGGGCCCAUCGGUAUCAUUCGUUCGGUAAAUCAAAAAACGUCAUCAUCUCCAGUAAUGCGCUGAACCCGUUUCAACUUCGCAGCCCAUAUGAUAUUGUAAAUCUGGGUCUUAUCUUUGGGUUAAGUGAAGAACAAUCAAAGGAAUCGAUCAGAGGGGUUCCCAAUCGAAUUUUGCUCUCUGCUGAAGGACGAAGGUUUGGAAAGGCAGGCGUUGUUAUUUCGCUACGUGACAAAAAGGCAAUGGCCGAGGACAGCGAUGAUUAUUCUGACGGUGAACUUGAGGAGGCAAUCAGCGAUGAGGAGAAAGAAGAUGGAUCCGAUCCAGAUGUAGACAUGUGUAAAGCUAAUGAGACGGAUGAAGACGAUACGGAGUUAAUGCGUCCGCCAAAGAAAAUGGCGAAACAUGAUAAAAGCAGUUAAAUAAACUGCUAAUAU